UAUCGCACACGUGAGCUAACGGGAGCAGCUACAUACGUCAUCCUUGUUGUAUGUGGUGGGCAAACAAAACGAGCAGCAGUUAUCAGUACGCUUCGAACCGACCAGCUGACAGGAUGAUCCUUCUACAUUUUAUCUCAUUACUCGUAGUAGUCUUUGAAGUUGCGAUCGCAGAUCGCUUGAACAUCUGCCAGGAUCAGUUCCGGUUACGUGAAGGUUUCUACGUUUACAACACAAACUGUCGAGAUUUUGAUGACGCGGCACUCGCGGAAGCCAGUUUCAACGAAGAUCGCGUCCUCUGGAUCCGAAACGGGACAAUCGAAAGCAUUGAUCGGCUGUUGAAUGGUAGCUUUUACAAUAUUACGAACUUGAAGAUUACUAAUCUGGCUGCCGAAGGGAGUACCCCGAUUCCGGUGUUUCCGAUCGAGGCGGCACGGUUUUCGAUUCUUGAUCUGACGAAUAAUGGUAUCGAACGGUUGGAGAUCGAGGAAGAGGACUUCCGGCUGACACAUUUGGAUGUUCGGAAGAAUAAGCUGACGGAGCUGGGAAAUAUUACGCUGCUGAGGAAGUUGGAGUCUUUGAAGGCUGACGGGAACCUCAUCGAGAGUAUUUCUUUUGAUGAAAUGAAAAAUUUGUCGGAUUUGUUAGUGUUGUCCUUGGCGAGUAACAGGAUCAAAAGUAUUGUCGCUUCGGAAGAGAUUUCAUUAUUAAAACUACGCUCGCUAGAUAUUUCCGACAAUCAGUUAACGAGUUUGGACGUUUCACUGUGGCGUUUCCCUGAACUCGGAAGUUUCUAUUUGCACGAUAACGCGAUCAGCAAAGUUGAUGGACUGCGAGGAAAAUUUCCUAAAGCUUGGGAUAUUGCUAUGGGAGGACGUAACAACUGGAACUGUGAUUGGUUUGAUAGUUUGCUGCUGUUCCUGAAGCAAGAUCGACAGUUUGCAAUGCAGAUGUUCGGGGAUGAACCCAAGUGUCCGAAUGAAACCCGAAUGGAUGGGUUCAUCUGUUGCCAAAACUCAACCGCUCAAGUGGAUAAAUAAUUAGGUAAUAAAAUGUCGUCCCGUACACGAAGCUACAGGUCAGAGAGAAAACACAGGA